AUGGUUGUGGCAGAAAAGAUUAACGCCAACCCGACGGUGUACGCGGUGGCCCCAUCAGCUCGCAAAAAAUAUGAAAUGCGUGAGGAGCUAGACGAAGAUGCUGCUGAUCCUUUCGAGCCUGAUGAGGUCUUUGAAAUUCUUCGGCACAUCAAUGACCCAGAGCACCCACUGACGUUGGAACAGCUCAAAGUCAUGUCGCUUGAAAAUAUUCAUUUGGAUGAUGUUAACUCGCGCAUCAAAGUCUACUUUACACCUACCAUCCCGCACUGCAGUAUGGCGACGCUGAUUGGUCUGUGCCUGCGGGUAAAAUUGCUGCGUUCACUACCAUCGCGCUUUAAGGUAGACAUAUUAAUCACACCAGGCUCUCAUUCUUCGGAAGCAGCGGUGAACAAACAGCUUAAUGAUAAGGAGCGUGUGGCAGCCGCACUAGAGAACUCGCAUCUACUCACAGUCGUUAACAAAUGUAUCGCCAACACGGACAAGUAG